AUGAGCCCUGAAUUGAAAGGUAAAAAAAUUAGUGUUAUUGAACAAGUAAAUUCUGGAUUGCAUAAAGAAAUAGAAACUAACAGGCUAAAAUUAAAACCUAUUAUAUCAACUAUUUUGUUUUGUGGAACUCACGACCUUCCCUUACGAGGGAAAAAAUCAGAUUCUGGUGUUUUUCACGGUCUUUUGAAUUUUCGUAUUGAAUCUGGCGAUGAGAUAUUGAAAGAUCAUUUUUUAACUAACGCGGGAAAUGCUAAAUAUUCGUCCCAUAGAACUCAAAAUGAAUUAAUCACAUUAUGUGGAAAGAUAUUAAAAGAAGAAAUAGUGUGCGAAGCUAAUGCCGCGAAUGCGUUUUCCAUUAUUUCUGACGAAUCGGCAGAUAUUUCUGGUGUUGAGCAGCUAACAAUUGUAAUUAGAUUUUUAGACAAGCAGUCAAGUCCUAUAAAGAUUCGAGAAGAAUUCCUUGGCUUUUUACCAUUAGAUAAAUUAGACGCAGAAUCAGUUGCUACUAAAAUUUUAUCAUUUAUGGAAGACAGUGGCCUUAAUUUAAGUAAACUUUAUGGACAAGGUUAUGAUGGUUGUGCUACAAUGGCUGGCAAAGUAGGCGGCGUUGCUAAAUUAAUUCGUAACCGAUAUAAUAAAGCUUUAUAUUUCCAUUGUGCUAGUCACCGAUUAAAUUUAGUAAUUAACGAUCUAAACAAAAUUAUGGUUAUUCGUAAUACUAUUGGCACAAUAAAAGAAAUUAUAAAAUUUUAUCGCGAAAGUACACUUCGAAGAAAUCUUAUACCCAAUAUACCACUUUUUUGCGAAACACGCUGGUCUUCAAAGUAUAAGAGUAUCAGGCUGUUUUCUGAAAAUUUUAUUGCCAUAAUUCAAAUCCUUCAAUCUCUGUCUGUUAAUGGUAUUAUAAAUUCGAAUACAAGACAACGUGCACUUAAUCUAUACUCCUCAAUCUCGAAUUUUACAUUUAUAAUUAGUAUGAAAAUAAUUGCUAAAUACAGCGCUAUCUUAGAAUCAGUUAAAAAUAUUUUACAAGGUGUAUCAAUGGAGCUUUAUAAAGUUCGGGAACAUGUGAAGGAAUUGUUAAAAAUGUUAGAAGACAAUAGACCAAAUGCAAAUGAAAUUUUUGAUUUAUUAUUUACUGACGCCAAAUCUAUAGCAGAUGACUUUGAAUUCACUAUAACUUGUCUCAGAAUAACUGGAAAACAAUCACACAGAAACAAUUAUUCUUACGAAUCUCCCAAAGACUAUUAUCGAGUGUCAAUUUUUCUACCUUAUCUAGAUUCAAUAAUUCAGUGUAUUAAAGAAAGAUUUGAAAAAAGUAAUAGUGUUGCUUUUUCAUUACAACAUCUUCAUCCAGCAUUAUUUAUAAAAAUGAAAAAACAAGAGUACACUGAAAGCAUAGCAAAUAUUUAUAAAUGUUAUAAAAUUGAAAACCUGUUAGCUGAAAGUGAAAGUUGGUAUAGUUUAUGGCAAAAAAAAGACUGCCGAAGUAUGGACAUAAUAGAUUUACUAGAACAUAGCAAUAUAUUUUUCCCUUGCAUUACAAUUGCAUUAGAAAUUUUUCUAUCUUUGCCAGCUACAAGUUGUACAGCUGAAAGGUCAUUUAGCACUUUACGAAGAGUUAAAACUUGGCUUCGGUCUACGACGUGUGAAGAACGAUUAAAUGGUCUAUGUAUGUUAAGUGUUCAUCGUGAAAGAAUUAAUAUAAGAAAAGAAAAAUUCAUUGAAUAA